AAUUAACUGUUUAUGUGUAGCAGCCACGUUUUCAAACUAAAGUGUUCACUUAAAAAAAAAAAAAUUGAUACAGAAGAAUUGUAUUUAUUUGUUCAAUAAAGCUGAUGUAAUAUUCCGUAGAAGAGGGGUACCUUUCACUUUGGGAUACGCAAUGCUGACAAACGGCGACAGGUGUUUUAACUAUGUGAGAGCAUUCCCAUCCAUAGAGAGUCAAGAAAUAGGAAAAGGUUCACGAGAAAGUUCACAACUAUUCAAUGUUGUUGAUAUAUAUCUAGGACAAGAUGGAACUCUAUGGGCCCUCGAUGUUGGAAUUUAUGAAACCUUAAGCGAUCAUCCUAUUCGAGAAAAUGAUCCAAAAGUAGUCGGAUUCGAUAUUUCUACAGGAAAGGUCAAAUAUGUGAUAUCAUUACGUUCACUGUCAUGUCUAUCUAGAAGCCGACUGCAAUAUAUAGUCGUCGAAUACUUGAAAGAGUCUACUACAGUGCUUUACAUUGGAGAUGGUGGAACUCGAUCUAUAAUUGUGUGGUACGUAGAAAGCAAUGAAGGAUAUAGAAUCAAGUUACCUCACAUAGUCAUUCAGGGCUGCAGUGAGCUGCCACACGAGGAUGUAUUUUAUAUAGCACUCAUCGAACUAUGCACAGGAAAUUACCUUUAUUUUUCGUAUUUAUCAAGUUCAGAUUUGUAUCGAGUACGUACUAAAGAUUUACGAAGACAAAUGAAUCCCCGAUGCAUAGUUAACAUAGGAAAAAAACCAUGCAAAAUGGUAUUCUUAGGUGUGGGUUAUGAAACUGUUCUCUAUUUUCGGAUUAGAGGUCAGAAUCAUCUGUAUAGUUGGGACUCUAGAUUGAGUUUUUUGGAAGAAAACUUCAUGGUCGUUAGAAAAAGUAAAGACUGUCGAGCUAUCACACACGUAGAUGUUGAUAAUGUUGGCACAUUAUGGGUAUUAGAAAGUAACAUUCAAGAUUACCUUAUGGGGCAUGUGGGAUGUUAUGGACCAAAUAUGAUGUUAGGGCCAGUGCUUGGAGAUCCUAUACCUGUCUGGAGUAAUUGCAAUGAAGAGGAAAAAUGUUAGACCGUGAAUCUUAGUGUGUUAAAAUUAAUGUUUAAUUAUUUAACAUACCAUAGUUGUUGGAAUCCAAACUUAGAAUCAGAUUUUCAAUAUAUUAAACAAUCGAUAUAAUCAAUAACUUGCUCAAUUGAUAUACUAAAUUUGAUAUGAAAACUUUUGGGAAGAAAUUAUUUUUACUUUUAUUUUUCUAACACAAUUUGGUGUCACUUUAAGUUUGAAACUAUUAAACUUAUUAGUUUAAAAUAUAUAU